AUGUCCAGAUACGACCGCGCCAUCACCGUCUUCUCGCCCGAUGGCCAUUUGUUCCAAGUGGAAUACGCCAUGGAAGCCGUGAAAAAAGGAGCCGUAGCUGUCGGCGUGCGUGGCCAGCACUCGGUCGUGCUCGCUGUCGAGCGCAAGGAAACGGCCAAGCUCCAGGAUCCGCGCACGGUCCGCAAGAUCUGCCAAGUGGACGACCACAUAUCGAUCGCCUUUGCCGGUCUCACCGCUGACGCCCGCGUGCUCGUGAACAAGGCGCGUCUCGAGUGUCAGAGCUACCGCUUGACGGUCGAAGACGCGCCGUCCGUCGAGUACGUCGCGCGGUAUGUGGCACGUGUGCAGCAAAAGUACACGCAACGAGGCGGCGUGCGGCCGUUUGGCAUCUCGAUGCUCAUUGCUGGCUGCAAUAACGAAGGCGUGCCGCAAUUGUACCAGACGGACCCGUCGGGCACGUUUUCGGCCUGGAAAGCCAACGCCACGGGCCGCAACUCGGUUCAUAUCCGGGAGUUCCUCGAGAAACACUAUGUCGAGAAGGCGACGGACGAAGAGGCCGUGACGCUUGCGACGAAGGCGCUGCUGGAAGUCGUGGAGGCCGGCAGCAAGAACAUUGAGAUUGUCAUUGUGGGAGCGGACGGCAACGUGGCGCCGCUUGAGGAUGCCAAGGUGAACGAGCUAUGCGAUAAGAUCGAAGCUGAGAAGGAGGCAGCUCGCCAGGCCAGCGGCGAGAGCAAGUCGUCUGCGUAG